CGUUACUCUUUUACCAAUUCCACCAGCUCUAUCAUCCCCGGUUUACAUACUCCAGUACAGGGCGAUGUGCAACUGAACAGUAGAAUUGGAAGCCAGGACUACUCGGCAGCAAAAUAACUUGGUUAAAGAGGGAAGACCAAGGGAAACCUUUUCGUUCCUGUGUUGCCGCACACAAGAGCGGCACAUGGGUGAACUGCGUCGUUAUUAAUAAAGGGAAACUGGUACAGUAUCAAAACAUCAUCAAGCGGAGACCGUUGCUUGGUGCGGCUACAAAAUAGCAAGGAAUCAACGCAACCUGGAUCAAUAAACCCGACGGAAAAUUAUAACGCAACGAUAGCCAGUUUUAUUAUGGGACCAGUAUACCAGGACCCAUAGAGCAGGUUCUCAGCCCCCAUGCAUUAUUUGUGGUGUCCAUAGCAACCCCGGUUCCACCCUUGCAGCUCUCGGUGUCAGCGCCCCCCCCCCCCCCCCCGCCCCGCUCCCUGACUGUGGCGCCCCCUGUGGCGGGAUGUCGGCGGCGCAGACGCGGAGCGACGGAGGCGAGCAGCGCUGGGGGUGCCUGGAGUCGCUGGGGCUGAGCCCCCGGGAGCUGGUGCUGGCCGAGGCCCUCCAGAUGGAGUACGACGCCCUGUCCCGCCUGAAACAGGACAAGAGCCCGUCCGGCAGGGCCGGGGGCCAGGGCGGGGGCGGGGGCGAUGGCGGGAAGGCCCCCGCGGGGGACGGGGGCGGCCAGAGGUCGGGCUCGGGGUCGGGUUCGGGGUCGGGUUCGGGUCCGAGCCCGUGCCCCCCCGGGAGGGACCUCCUCGGGGGCCUGUCAGGUUCGGACCCCUCCCUCAACCUGCAGCCGGGGGGGUCCAGCCCCUCCCACGCCGACCUGGAGCCCCAGAGCUACAGCAAGGAGCCGCUCUACAUCCUGAACAGCCCCGUCAAGAGCGACUACGAGAGGCCCAGCCUCCUGCUCCCCAAAAACCUCACCCCCCCCGACGACCCCCCGCCCGCCGUCCCGCCCCGCAACCCCCUGCCCCCCGACCCCGUCCCGGCCCGGCGGGGGGCGGCGCCCCGGGACGUGAACCUCUUCACGCCUGAGGCGGACCAGCCCAAACUGUCCGGCGGGGAGGCGCUGAACUACGAGAACCUGAACGAGUCCCUGGCCCGGCUCAACAGGGAGUGGCCCGGGCCGCGGGGUCGCCGGGGCAACGGGGACGGCUCGGGGAAGCCCGUGGCCCGCAGCAAGACCCUCCCCCCGCAGGUGCCCCCCCGCACCUACCUGCCCGUCCAGAAGAGCAACAAGAACCAGCGCCGGGUGUCAGCUGACCCGGUGUCCCUGGGGUCCCGGCUGAACGGCUUCGGGUACGAGCUCUUCCAGGUGUCUGAGGAGAGGGACGAGGAGGUGGCCGCCUUCUGCCACAUGCUGGACGUGCUGCGGUCGGCCUACCCGUGCGGCGACUUCUCCAGCAACGCGGGGCUGGUGUGGAGCCUGUGCCUGUCGCAGGACGAGCUGCAGCACGGCCUGGGCGUCGGCGUCAAGGUGACCGUCGUCAGUGACCACUUCCGAGACCCGCUCACCUUCACCUGCGACGGCUCGUCGACGGUGGACCUGCUGAUCUACCAGACCCUGUGCUACGCCCACGACGACCUGGACCUGAUCGACGUGGAGGACUACGUGCUCAAGGUGUGCGGCCAGGCCGAAUUCCUCAAGAACACCCAGACUCUGGCCAGCCUGGAGUACAUUCAGCAGUGCCUGAAGUUUGACUGUGAGAUCCGGCUCUUUCUGACCAAGAGGAGCUCAGUGUGCAGAGAGCUGGCGCGAAUGGAGGAAGAUGACGAGACUCCAUCCACGAUGAACCAGAGCAUUCUCCUGCAGGAGCGACCAAUCAAGCAGACCGUCACAAGGGAAGCUUUGACCCUCCUUCUGGACACUUUCCACAAUGAAGCCGAGUCCUUUCUUCUGUCCGAGGUGGAGCUGCCGCUGCACGUGGAGCGGCUGGUCCAGUCCGUCAAGGCGCUCUGCAGCUCGCUGGCUGCCGUGGAAACGCCCGACGUCACCGCCGCCCUCAACCUGCUGCCCGCCUGCCCCUGCCGCCUGCAGCCCCGGGUCCAGAAGGACGCUUCGGUGCUGACAAGCCGAGAGUACAGAGAGAAUGUGGUGGAGAAGCUGACGGCCUCCAUCCUGGACCUGGUGGAGCUGUACUGCAGCACGUUCAACGCCAACUUUCACACCACCCCCCAGAGCAGCCGCCCCACGGCCCCCACCCAGGAGGCCGGCCAGGUCACCAAUGUGCUGUCCUUCAGCGUCUACGCUGCUCACCGAAUCCCCAUCACCUGGGCUGCCAGCUACGAGGGAUUCUUCCUGUCCUGCUCGCUGACCCACGGCGGGGUGGAGCUCUGCGCCCCCCAGCACACCAGCAAGCAGUCCGUCAGCAAGUACCUGUUCCACCUGGUGGUGUGGGACCAGAGGAUCUGUUUCCCAGUGCAGAUUAACCAGUUGCCGCGGGAGACGCAGUUGACGGUGACCCUCUACGCCACACUGCUGCCCCCGCCAGGGGGUGCCGAGGACAAGAGCAAGCAGCGGCGUAGCAUGGAGGCGCUCGGCUGGGUCACCAUGCCACUCUUCAACUUCAGACAUGUGCUCACAUGCGACAGGAAGCUGCUUGGGCUGUGGCCUUCGACCCCAGGAAGUGCUAACGCCCGCUCCAGCACCCCCAACUUCAGCCAGCCGGACAGCGUCAUUCUGCAGGUGGACUUCCCCACCUCCUCCUUCGAGGUGCGGUUCAGCACCCCCAUGCCCGCCGAAUUCAGCCCCCAGUACGAGUUCUCCCGCAUGGACCAGAACAGCCAGAGGCAGCUUCAGGACGUCCUGCACAAGAAGUCCCUCUUCUGGCUGACCCAGGAGGACCGGAGGCUGCUGUGGGAGAAGCGCUACUUCUGCCACGCGGAGAGCAGCGGGCUGCCCCUGGUGCUCGCCAGCGCCCCCAGCUGGGAGUGGGCCUGCCUGCCGGACAUCUACGCCCUGCUGCGCCAGUGGGCCUGCAUGAACCACCUGGACGCCCUGGGCCUGCUGCACGCCUCGUUCCCGGAUCAGGAGCUCAGACGCACGGCGGUGAAGUGGAUGGACUCCAUCUCGGACGCCGAGCUGCUGGACUUCCUGCCGCAGCUGGUGCAGGCGCUGAAGUACGAGUGCUACCUGGACAGCCCCCUGGUGCGCUUCCUGCUGCGCAGGGCCAUCGGCGACCUGAGGGUGGCGCACUACCUGUUCUGGCUGCUGAAGGACGCGCUGCAGGACUCCCAGUUCAGCGUGCGCUAUCAGUACCUGCUAGCCGCUCUGCUGUGCUGCUCCGGGCGCGGCCUGCGCGAGGAGUUCGACCGCCAGUGCUGGCUGGUCAGCAUCCUGGCCAAGGUGUCCCAGCGCGUACGGGACACGUCCCCCUCGUCCCGCCAGGCUGUCCUGCGGGAGGGGCUAGAGGAGGUGCGCCAGUUCUUCUCUGUCAGCAGCAGCUGUCGACUCCCACUGAACCCCGCCCUGCUGGUGCAGGGCAUCAAAAUACAGUCCUGCUCCUACUUCAACUCCAACGCCGUCCCGCUCAAGCUGUCCUUUCAGAACCUGGACCCGCUCGGGGACAACAUCAACGUCAUCUUCAAGUCGGGAGACGACCUCCGGCAGGACAUGCUGACUCUGCAGAUCAUCCGCAUCAUGAACAAGAUCUGGAUCCAGGAGGGCCUGGACAUGAGGAUGGUCAACUUCCGCUGCUUUUCCACGGGGCGGGGGCGAGGCAUGGUGGAGAUGAUCCCCACCGCCGAGACCCUGCGGAAGAUCCAGGUGGAGCACGGAGUCACCGGCUCCUUCAAGGACCGGCCGCUGGCGGACUGGCUGCAGAAGCACAACCCCACCGAGGACGAGUACGAGAAGGCGGUGGAGAACUUCAUCUACUCCUGCGCAGGCUGUUGUGUGGCCACCUACAUCCUGGGCAUCUGCGACAGGCACAACGACAACAUCAUGCUGAAGACCAGCGGUCACAUGUUCCACAUCGACUUCGGCAAGUUCCUGGGCCACGCGCAGAUGUUCGGCAACAUUAAGCGGGACCGUGCGCCCUUUGUCUUCACCUCUGACAUGGCGUACGUCAUCAACGGGGGAGACAAGCCGUCCAGCCGCUUUCAUGACUUUGUGGACCUGUGCUGCGAGGCCUACAACCUGAUCCGCAAACACACACACCUCUUCCUCAACCUGCUGGGCCUGAUGCUGUCCUGUGGGAUUCCGGAGCUGUCUGACCUGCAGGACCUGAAGUACGUGUACGACGCCCUGCGACCCCACGAGUCAGAGCCCGACGCCACCAUGUACUUCACCAGGCUGAUCGAGUCCAGCCUGGGCAGCGUGGCCACCAAGCUCAACUUCUUCAUCCACAACCUGGCGCAGAUGAAGUUCGCGGCGGCAGAGGAGAGGCCCGUCCUGUCCUUCGCCCCGCGCGUCCACACGCUCAAGAGCGACGGGCCCAUCCGCAGCCUCUACGUCUGCCGCCACGUCAAGACCUACAGCCCCAGCAAGGGAUACACCUACAUAGUGAAGGUGGAGCGGGAUGGCCAACAGGGGGCGACGCUGGUCCAGAGGAGCUUCGAGGAGUUCCACGAGCUGCACGGCAAACUGCGGCUGGUCUUCCCCUCCUCCAAACUCCCCAGCUUCCCCAGCCGGUUUGUGAUUGGCCGGUCGCGAGGCGAGGCCAUGGCCGACCGCAGGAAAGACGAGCUGAACGGAUACGUCUGGCACCUGGUCCACGCAGCGCCCGAAGUGGCACAGUGCGAUCUCAUCUACACCUUUUUCCACCCCCUGCCGAGAGAUGAGAGGCCAGGGACGGUCGUCAACACCCUCCAGAAUAAACCAGCAGAGGUGUCCUGGGCUCCUGUUACGGGAAGAGUGGCGGGCGAGGUGAAGCUCUCCAUUUCCUACAAGAGCGACAAGCUCUUCAUCAUGGUCAUGCACAUCCGCGGCCUGCAACCCCUGCAGGACGGCACGGACCCCGACCCCUACGUCAAACUGUACCUCCUCCCCGACCCUCAGAAGACCAGCAAACGGAAGACCAAGGCGGCCAAACGCACCUGCAACCCCACCUACAACGAGAUGCUGGUGUAUGCCGGGAUUCCGCGGGGCGACCUGCAGCAGCGGGUGAUCCACCUGCGAGCGCUGAGCGAGGGUGCAUUCUGGGAAAACACCCUGCUGGGAGAGGUCUUCAUCCCCCUCAGGACCAUGACGCCCGGCCACCGCUGGGUCGACUGGCACCAGCUGGGCAUGGGGAGGCCCGAUGCCACCCGCUAGGGAGGGAAGGGAAGGGAGUGCAGAGACGGUUAGGUAGCGUGUGUGUGUGUGUGCGCGUGUGUGUGUGUGUGCGGGUUUGUGUGUGUG